CAGCAAAUUUAGUGUACUCAGUCGAUGCCUAUGGAUCAGAAAUGUAUGUUCCCAAUAUUGCAUAUAUAGGUGUGAAAAAAACAACACAAAAUAGCAGUAUUAUCAGCAUGUGGCCAUUAUGGUAUGAAACCAUUACAGAAGACAUGCAUGGCUACCCUUGUGAACCAUACUAUUUACACAACACCGGCAACUUCGAAGCAGGAGACUCUGACCUUGACAGUGAGCAUCGUAGAGAGGUCCACAAACAAUACUAUGAUCUUCAAGAUGGAAACAAUGAGAUGACCUCCCGAUUAAAAGAAUAUGUAGCCGGAUUUUCAGACGAUUCAGAUUGGGAACCAUAUGCACCAUGACCAGGUAUCUUCAACACCAAGCAAGACAGCAUAUUUUGGCAACAAGCUUCAAGCAAUGAAGAACAAUAUUCUGGCAGUCUGGAUUAGACAUAUAUAUUACUACUAUGUAAUUGAUGCAUCCUGUACAUACAUGCAUGUAUCGUAUUUAUAUUAGUCUAAUGUACUUGGCUACUCAGAACAAGUAUCUAUUCAGUACUUCGGCGAACAUAUAAUGCAUCCAUCCUGUAAAUA